AUGCUCCGCCGCUGCCGGCGCGUCCUCCUUCUCCUCGUCCAAUGCUCGCAGCUCCGCCGCCAGAGCACCGUCACGAGGUCCUGUCCGCCUCCGCGGCGACGCGCCCGUGGAGACACCCGUUACACCAGCAACGACGAUGCCCACGCCCUCGGCCUCGCGCGGCGGAGGCGCGACGCCACCGGCACCGCUGCUCUCCGCUUCCACGGCGCCGUCGCGGAGCCCUCUACCCCGCUGCGGCAGAGCGCCGCCCACGACGACGUCUGCUCGACGACCGGCCAGGACCCCAGGCCGCAGCACAGCGCCGCGGCUGCUCGUGCUGUGCUCGAUUACGACGGGACGCCGGACCGGGACGCCGCCGCCGCGCCCUACGCCGCCAUGGUCGCCCGCCACCUCAGUGAGCGCGACCUGCCACGCGCGGAGGCGCUCUUCCGCGCGGCGCCCGCGGCUGCCCGGGGGCUCUAUCUGGACACCGUCAUGCUCGGCGGGUACGUCAAGGCCGGGCGCGUCGACCGCGCGCGCGAGCUGUUCGAGGGAAUGCUGGUGAAGAACGUCGUCACUUGGACCUCCAUGGUCUCCGGGUACUUCCGCGCCGGCCGCGUUCGCGAGGCGCGGGAGUUGUUUGACGUCAUGCCUGAUCGGAAUGACUAUUCGUGGACGACGGUGGUGCAGGGGUACACGAGCAAUGGGAUGCUCAGGGAAGCGAGGGAGAUGUUUGAUCGGAUGCCUCAGAGGAAUGUGGUCGCUUGGACGGCCAUGGUUAAGGCCUAUGUUGACAGUGGUCACAUUCAGGAGGCGUGGGAAUUGUUUGAUAUGAUGCCUGAGAGGAACUCGUAUUCCUGGAAUGCCAUGAUUUCUGGUUUUCUCAGCAUUGGGAAAGUGGCCGAAGCAGUUCAGUUGUUUGAGAGGAUGCCACACAAACACAGGAAUGCUGUUUCUUGGACUACAAUGGUCACUGGCUUGGCAAAGAAUGGUCUUGCUUGCAGGGCAAGAGAGUUCUUUGAUCGGAUGCCAGCGAAGGAUACUGCAGCAUGGAAUGCAAUGAUCACCGCUUAUGCCAACAAUGGCCAACUGAAUGAGGCGCAGAGAUUAUUCGAUACAAUGCUUGCAAAAGACCUUGUGACCUUGAGUACCAUCAUUGAGGCAUAUUCAAAGAACGAGCGUAAGCAUGAAGCCUUAAACAUGUUUAUUCUUAUGCGUCGGUCAGCAUUGUCUCCUAACAUCAGAACAUUAAUAAGUAUCCUGGUUAUAUCUGAGAGCACAGCUGAAGUUAAGCAAAUUCACGGGUUGGUUAUUGCACUUGGAUUCCUGUCAGAAACUUCCUUAGGAAAUGCUCUGCUCACAAUGUAUUCGAGAAGUGGAGAUCUGACGUCUGCCUGGUUUGCCUUCAAAAGAUUGGAAGAGAAGGAUGCCAUCACAUGGACGUCGAUAGUGCAAGCUUUUGCGAACCAUGGCUGUGGUUACCAUGCCUUACAGGGCUUUUCUCGGAUGUUGAGACAUGGGUAUAAACCCAGUUCAACUACCUUCACUGCUGUGCUGUCUGCUUGUAGGCAUUCUGGGUUGGUUGAGAAAGGUCGCAAGAUGUUCAAAUCCAUUUACCAUGUUUAUGGAGUAGAACCAACCGUUGAGCACUACUCUUGCCUUGUGGACUUUCUAGGUCGAUCAGGGUAUGUAAGGGAAGCCAAGGAACUUGUCGAUGGUAUGCAGCAGGGUAUGUGCGAUGAGGCCAUUCUUGCGACGCUUCUGGGAGCCUGUGUGAUGCAUAAUGAGGUGGAGGUAGCAAGAGAAGUGGGUGAAGAUCUUGUCAGAUUUGACCCCUCUGGUUCCGGAGGCUACAGGCUCCUGGCCAAUGUAUUUGCAUCACAUGGAAUGUGGGAUGAAACAGCAAAUGUGUGGAAGGUCAUGAGGGGCAGCAAGGCGAAGAGGACGCCUGGUUUUAGUCAGAUUGAGGUUAACAUGAGGAAUCAUGUGUUCUGCUCAAGGGAUCAAGAGCAUCCACAAUGUCCUGAAAUAUAUGAGAUGCUGAAUGACACAAUUGUUCCUCAGAUGAAGGGUUCAUCAUGCAUGGGAUUCUGGGAACCGACUCUCUUGUCUGAUGCAUUGGCGGAUCCACCACCCGGCGACCUCGGUUGCCUGGGCUUGCUGGAAAAGUGCAAAAUAGAUGUUACUUUGUCGCAAAAGGGUAAACAUGGUUUUUUGGGGGGCUAA